UAUAGAACAGUGAUUGCAGCUUCAAGUGCGGCCGUCAUUUCUGUUUUGGCAGGAUUUCCGUUUGACUCUAUAAAGACUCGUAUGCAAACACAUCAUUACAACUCAAUCAUGGCCUGUGUACGGACGACUUAUGCAGAGGAAGGAGCAAGAGGAUUCUUUCGAGGCAUGAUACCACCUUUGAUCACUGUCAGCAUCAUUAAAUCAGCAUCAUUUUCUAUUUACGAAAGCACAAAAAAGUCACUUAUUCAGCGUGGAAUAUUCAACAAUGACACAUUAAGAUCAACCAUGGGUGUAUCAGCUGUGAGUGGUGGCGUCAGUGGCGCAUUCAUUGCCUUAUUGAGUUGUCCCUUGGAACUUGUGAAAAUUCAACGACAACUAGAAUUGGUAUUACUCAAAAGACAAAUAGCAAUGGGCCAAGUGUCAUCACAUGAAGUGGUUGAAGCAUCGAGCUGGAAAUCGGUAAAGCAAAUAAUCAAUCGAAGAGGCAUUUUUGGAUUAUGGAGCAGAGUUGGAUGUCAUUCAGCGAGAGAUGCAUUAGGUACAGGUAUUUAUUUUGGUGGAUAUGAGACAAUGAAACGUCAGCUGUCAGGAGAUGGAAAUCAGUCAGGACCAUUGGUGCAUUUCCUAUCAGGCGGACUAUGUGGUAUGCUGAGUUGGUUAUUUGUGUUCCCUGUGGAUGUGAUCAAGACCAAUCUACAAAAGGACAUCAUGCUAGAUAACCCAAGAUACAACAACGCAUUAGAAUGUGCCAAACAUCUUGUCAAGAAGAAUGGCUUCCGUGGAUUAUACCGUGGCCUGAAUGUGACCUUGAUUAGAGCAUUUCCUAUUCACUCAUUAAACUUUUUGGUUUAUGAACAAGUACUACGAGCAAUUCCUGCUAAUAAAUAG